GCUGGAGGUGAUGGUGUGGGUGCUGCCGCAGGUUUUCAGCUUUGAUGGGAAUUAACAGGAUUGCAGAGUGGAGGAGGCCAGAUGGUGACACCUCUCAUCAUAAACAACGGUCAUGUGAGAACAGAGAGAAGGCGGCCACCUGUGAGCCAAGGAGAGAGCCCUUAGGAGACACCAAAACUGUUGACACCUUGAUCUUGGACUUCCAGCCUCCAGAAUGAUUCAAGGAGCACUCAUGCAGUUUUGUCACCUGGGCAUAUUGCAUAAUGGUGAGGUUUGGGCUUCUAGUGUAUCCAUCACCCAAACAGUGAACAUUGUACCCAACAGUUUCAGUCAGUGGAAAAUGGAAGCACCCAAUAAAGAAGAGCACUGAGGACCUGGAUUGCGCAGAAAUGGAGGCUUGACUCAACUGUAAGGUGAAGAACAGCAUCCAGCAGAGGUGCUGGCAAAUGGCUCCUGGUGGCGAUGCCAGAUGGAAAAAAGGACUCAGAGUUCUCAUGAGCAGAGCUUCUACAGGCAUCUCGCCAUGGCCAGUUUCUUUGUGGUUUUUAUGGCCCUGCACAGGAGUGUUCAUAGCCAUGAUCUCAGCAGCCCUUGGCUUUGCUUUCUUGUCCAGUCUUGGGAGUGCCUGACCACAGCAGGAAGCUGGAGCCUCCCUCUCUGCUCAUCCAGAUAAAUGAUCCAGGCUCCAUUAGAGCCCAUCACUGACCUUGGAAGCUGCUGGAGCCACGAUUCAGUCCCCUGGACUGUAGAUAAAGGCCCUUUCUUGCCAGGUGCUGAGACAACCACACUAUGAGAGGCACUCCAGGAGACGCUGACGGUGGAGGAAGGGCCAUCUAUCAAUCAAUGUGUAAACCUAUUACUGGGACUAUUAAUGAUUUGAAUCAGCAAGUGUGGACCCUUCAGGGUCAGAACCUUGUGGCAGUUCCACGAAGUGACAGUGUGACCCCAGUCACUGUCGCUGUUAUCACAUGCAAGUAUCCAGAGGCUCUUGAGCAAGGCAGAGGGGAUCCCAUUUAUUUGGGAAUCCAGAAUCCAGAAAUGUGUUUGUAUUGUGAGAAGGUUGGAGAACAGCCCACAUUGCAGCUAAAAGAGCAGAAGAUCAUGGAUCUGUAUGGCCAACCUGAGCCCGUGAAACCCUUCCUUUUCUACCGUGCCAAGACUGGUAGGACCUCCACCUUUGAGUCUGUGGCCUUCCCGGACUGGUUCAUUGCCUCCUCCAAGAGAGACCAGCCCAUCAUCCUGACUUCAGAACUUGGGAAGUCAUACAACACUGCCUUUGAAUUAAAUAUAAAUGACUGAACUCAGCCUAGAGGUGGCAGCUUGGUCUUUGUCUUAAAGUUUCUGGUUCCCAGUGUGUUUUCGUCUACAUUUUCUUAGUGUCAUUUUCUCGCUGGUGCUGAGAUAGGAGCAAGGCUGCUGUUAUCAUCUCAUUUUAUAAUGAAGAAGAAGCAAUUACUUCAUAGCAACUGAAGAACAGGAUGUGGCCUCAGAAGCAGGAGAGCUGGGUGGUAUAAGGCUGUCCUCUCAAGCUGGUGCUGUGUAGGCCACAAGGCAUCUGCAUGAGUGACUUUAAGACUCAAAGACCAAACACUGAGCUUUCUUCUAGGGGUGGGUAUGAAGAUGCUUCAGAGCUCAUGCGUGUUACCCACGAUGGCAUGACUAGCACAGAGCUGAUCUGUUUCUGUUUUGCUUUAUUCCCUCUUGGGAUGAUAUCAUCCAGUCUUUAUAUGUUGCCAAUAUACCUCAUUGUGUGUAAUAGAACCUUCUUAGCAUUAAGACCUUGUAAACAAAAAUAAUUCUUGUGUUAAGUUAAAUCAUUUUUGUCCUAAUUGUAAUGUGUAAUCUUAAAGUUAAAUAAACUUUGUGUAUUUAUAUAAUAAUAAAGCUAAAACUGACAUAAAAUAAAGAAA